AUGGCCGCGGGACCCCCACUUCCUCCAGCAGUCCCUUGCCGCCGCCACCGUCGCCUUCCCCAGCAGCGGUGGCUGGACGACAGCGCCGUCACUGGUUGGAUUGGAGCUGGCGGCUCAGACGGGACACCCUGGGGUGGGGGAGAGGGGGAGGGAGGGUGUGGGAAAGGGGGAGGUCAGCGCUGGGCGGGCUCUCGGGGGACCCCGCGCUGCCCCUUCCAGCAGCAGCAGCAGCAGCAUCCACAGCCGCCGCCGCAGUCUGAGCGGCCGCAGCAGAGCGAGCGCGAGCUUCACCAGCUCCGCGCGGCGGAGAGCAGAGGGGCGGCGGCGCCCGCCCCAGCCGAGCCGAGCAGAGCCGAGCGCGCAGCCGGGCCGCCGCCGCCGCCUCGCAGAUGCCAUCACAGCAACAAAGAGCUCGCUGAGCUGAGAGCCGCGGCGAGAGCUCGCCUGGAAGCCCUCCACGGGUAG